CACGAGGUCAGCUGACUGUGAGCCAUCAAAAAGCACCAGCAGAUCCCUCCGCCUGCAUUGCGGUCACCAGACUUUACCGAGAAACACGAAAACCGGACGGAAAACGGCGCAGUCAUGCUGCUAACUCUGCUUUUUAUUUCCACAGCUGUGGCGACUCCUCUGCUGGGCACUGAGCAGUGUGCUCGUGGUCCUCCAUACUGGUGUCAGAACGUGAAGACGGCGUCUCUCUGCGGGGCUGUGCCUCACUGCCAGCAGAACGUGUGGAACAAGCCCCAGAUGAAAACUGUACCAUGUGACCUGUGUAAAGAGGUCUUGAUGGUGGUGGAACAACUGCUGAAGGACAAUGCAACUGAGGCUGAGAUUCUUGGGUACCUGGAGAAGGCCUGUCAGCUCGUCCCUGAACAGAGCCUGACUGCUCAGUGCAAGGAGCUGGUGGAUAACUACUACCCCAUCAUAUAUGGGAUUAUUGCCGGGGAACUGGAUGAUCCUAGUGUUGUGUGCGGAGCUCUGGGGCUGUGCACGUCUCAGCAGAUGGCCCUGGCCAAGCUUUAUGCUCAGGAGGAGCUCAUGUCGAAUGAAAUCCCCGGGGCUGACCUUCCAGAACAGAUUGCUCCUUUCCUCCUCAAUGUUCCUGGGCUCCUGUUUCCUCAGGAGAACCUCGAGCAGGAGGAACCUCCAAAACAAGAAGCUUCAAAGCAGAACAAUGACGUGUGUCAGGACUGCAUCAAGCUCUUGACCGAUGCUCAAGCAGAGGCCAAGUCCAACUCCUCCUUUGUCGACGAUAUGAUUCAGAAAAUCGAAGACCAGUGCGACUUGCUGGGACCGGGCAUAUCUGAUAUGUGCAAGCAGUAUGUUGGGCAGUAUGGGGCUGCGGUGGUUCAGCAGCUCAUGUCCAUGGAUCAGGGACCACAAGACAUCUGCGAACGUGCCGGUUUCUGCAACUCUGUGGAGAGUUCUGUUCCCAUGCUGAAGCUUGAGAAAGCCAAGAAGGUCCCUGCUGCCAAAAUGAUGCCUGCUGCCAAGCUUUUCCCUGCCACCAAGGUGGAGUCUGCUGCCAGGCCGAUGGUGCGUGUUCGUGAGUCCCCGACAUGUGCAAUCUGCGAGUAUGUGAUGAAACAGCUGGAAUCGAUGCUGGAGGAUCAAGCAACGGAGGAGGAGAUCAUUCACGCCGUGGAGUCCGUGUGCUCAGUUCUGCCCUCCUCUCUGACUGCCCAGUGUAAGGACCUCGUUGAAACGUACGGACAGGCCAUUAUUGAGCUGCUGGUGCAGCAAGCCGACCCCAAGACUGUGUGCACAAUGCUCGCACUCUGCAACGGUGCCAGCCGUACAUUUGUCCCUGCACUGGACCAGCCUCGGUUUAAGGCCGGCGGCUACUGUGAAGUUUGCAAAAUGGCUGUUAAUUACAUCGACGGCAUUUUGGAGAAGAAUGCCACAGAGGCAGAGAUCGAAGAAGCUGUGAAGAAAGUAUGCAGCUUCCUCCCCGACGCUUACAGGACGGAGUGUGACCAGCUGAUUGAACAGUAUGAGCCAAUGCUUGUCCAGCUGUUGCUUCAAAUGCUUGACCCAAACUUUGUGUGCUUAAAACUGGGAGCAUGCACUGAAGCUAAGCCUAAGCUGCUGGGAACAGAGCAGUGCUCCUGGGGACCUGCGUUCUGGUGCAAGAACAUGGAAACAGCAACUCGGUGCAACGCUGUGGCUCACUGCAAACGUCAUGUGUGGCUUUAGAGGACAACAUUCUGACUACUUGGGAAAUAAAUAAAAUACUGUAGUGCUGCUUUCCACUUUGUUUCUGUCUAAUAGGCUAAAAAGCUGCAGUGUUUGAUUAAAUUAACUUUGAUAUUUUGAAUGAUGCGGUGGAAAGGGACUAGCGUUUGGUUUUGUUUUUUGUUGUUAAUUUUGUUUCCUCUGUUGGGGGAGUGCUUACAAUAUGUCCCACUGUUUUGAUUUGCAUCAGUUGAUUUGUACUUUUGUGUCGCUUGAAAUUUUUGGCAAUCUAAACAAAUCUUGUCUUCAUGUUUUUAGGAAGUUGACAGAACAUCCUGGAUGAUGUUCUAAUGGGUUACAAGACCCCCUCCAAACCUGACAUUAAUAAAUCAUUUUAGAAACCGAUCAUAAACAGAAGACCUUCAGUAUGAUGACGAGCGUUCUUUUAUAAUAUGACCCUUGAACAAACACAUUUUGUAGACAUUGCUUUUGUUUUAUUGAGGGGAUAUGGAGAGAAUAUCCCACUGUUCGUACUCCUCUUCCUGUCUAUAUUUUUAAUGCACAAAGAAUCUUGAAAUCAAUGUCUGUUUAAUGCUCUGCCAAUUUUCAUUUGGUCUGUGAAUUUAACAAAUAAAAUUUUUCAAAAAAA